AUGCCUGCAGAUAACGUCAGAGGGAGCCGCCCCCUGCGCUCCCACCCCUUCGUCGCCACUUUCUGUCUCGUUGGUCUGAUGUCGGCGUACUCUUUUUUUCGCCUGCCGUCUCAGCUUUGGAUCGGAGACUUGCGCCAUCCGGUUGGCGACGGCCAAGGGCCCUCUCUUUUUGCACGGGCUGAGCAGCUCGAGUGUUCCAAAGUUCACUCCGCGCUGGACAAGUGUGCCUUUGUGAGGAGGUAUUGCCAAGGUGACGAUGCUGGCUUGCUGCCAUAUCUCGAGUGGUACUACUGUUCCUCUGACCAGGCCCGGCCCGUGGCCUUCGUCUUGCUUGCGGGCUGGCUGGGCCUCCUGUUCACCACCAUCGGCAUUGCUGCCAGCGACUUCUUCAGCGUCAACCUGAGCACCAUUGCCGCCAUUCUCGGCCUGAGCGAAAGCCUGGCUGGCGUGACCUUCCUCGCCUUUGGGAACGGAUCGCCCGACGUCUUCAGCACCUUGGCUGCCAUGAGCUCCAACAGCCCUAGCAUGGCCGUUGGCGAGCUCAUCGGAGCUGCCUGCUUCAUCACCGGCGUCGUGGCAGGUUCCAUGGCGCUUGUGCGCGAGUUUCGGGUUGACAAGAAGACGUAUGCCCGAGACAUCAUCUUCUUCAUCGUGGCAGUCGCUUUUUCCAUGUCCUUCCUGGCCGACGGCCAAUUACGGUUUUGGGAAUGCUGGGCCAUGGUUGGAUACUACAUCCUGUACGUCGUGACUGUGGUCGGAUGCCAUUGGUACUCGACCAGGAGGAGACGGCUCCUGCGACGCGAGGGCGAGGCGCGUAGCCACUAUUACGGCAUGGCUGGGCCCGCUGACGAUGAACUGGCGGGGGAGCCCUAUCGCGACGAACCAGAAGCUGCGCAGGACGGCUCCUUGCACGACUCUCGGAGAAGUCCUAUCCCUAUCCACGACACGUUGACCCCGGAAAGAGGGCCCGGGACUGGCUCUGCCACGCAGGACGGAGACAUUGAGAAUGCGAGGUCGACGGCAGAUGGAAGCGAUGACGAGCAUGACCGUCUGGUGGCUGCCGAGGUAUCUCGAAGCAUGCGUGUCUUACGUCCAGCCAGACGCAAAUCCUACGCUUUGCCCCCCAUCCGACCAAGCUUGGUCGGCGCCGUCGAGUUCCGAUCCGCUCUGAGCCAACUGCAGCGCGAGAGCACUCUGCAGCUUUCACGCAUACCGGGGAGGAGCUACUCGGAUCACCAGAUAUCUGGUCGGCCUCGGAGAGGCACAACAAGCGAGGUUUCCGAGGGAGAGCGUUGGGAAACACUGUCGAUCCCAGGAGGAGCUGCUGCCCGAGAUCGAGCAUAUUCGUGCGCAGGGAUGCCGCCGACGGCACCGGCUCCACUGCCUGACCUGAUGGACGAGGAUGGUCUGGCCGACUCGAACUCGCUGUUCUCCAACACAAGCCUGGCGGUGCCCGGACCAACUCCAUCGACACGAAGCACCAUACCAUCUCCACCGUUCACAGUCGGAGGCAAUCUUGCUCCCCCUCCUUUGGGCCCUCCUGGCACGAGCGGCGGUGGGAAAACAAGCCAUGCUGAGCAGAGGCGUGGCGACACUGCCGGACCUAUCAAGCUGCUCAUACCCAGCCGCCGCAGCAGCCAAAGCGACGCGUCGUCGACAAACUCACCUUUUCCGCAUUGCGCCGAGUCGCCCAACGUUGCCAUGACGCCAAACGUGACCUUGGAGCGAGCCGCCGACCUUCUGUUCCCCCCAGCUGGAGUUUGUCGACGCGACAACAGCUUCCCUGACGUGCAGGCUCCGGGGACGGCAGCUCGGAGGCCAGUACGUUGGUGGCCCUAUGCAGUCCUUCCGCCGCCGCAUGUUGUCUGGGCGACGCUCUUUCCUACCCUGCAGGGAUGGAGGGACAAGUCUAUCUGGGACAAGUUCCUGAGCGCCAUAUCGGUUCCCAGCAUAUUCUUGCUCGUCGCCACACUCCCAGUCGUGGAAUCCGACACCAGCGAAGAUUCCGACGAUGGCUUUUCCACAUUGCAUGCUGGCGGCGGCUGCGGGGACUCGAGACACGUCGCUCCCGCCAUCUCGGUCGGGGCGCACGAAGCGGAAGCAGAAGGGGAGUGGGAGCGCUACAGACGGCAUUCACGCAGGGCCAGCGUGGUUUCCGCUCAACCAUGCUCGUCGCAACCCAUAGUUUGUCUUGAAACCGAGGAUACCGCUGUCGAACCGCAAGGGGCCGGGGCCGGGGCCGGGGCAGAUGAGCCAUCCUUGGCGAAAGCACUGUCCGUCAUGGCAUCUACCAGCCACGAAGACGAAGAGCGACCAAGCUGGAACCGCUGGCUCGCGUGUCUGCAGCUCUUCACCGGCCCUCUGUUCGCCAUGAUGAUACUCUGGGCAAACAUGCGGGAGGAGCUCUCGAGCCCAGGCAGGACGUUGCUCAAGAUGACGCUGUACACGCUUGUCUUGUCUCUGGUUCUGCUGGCCUUUCUCUUCGUCUUCACGUCGGAGCACAAGCGGCCCCGGUACCAUUUCUUGCUCUGCUUUCUGGGUUUCGUCAUCAGCAUCGCCUGGAUCUCCACCAUUGCCGGCGAGGUGGUGGGGGUGCUGAAGACGUUUGGCGUCAUCCUGAACAUUUCAGAGGCUCUGCUAGGCUUGACCAUAUUCGCGGCGGGAAACAGUGUGGGCGAUCUUGUGGCCGACAUAACGGUGGCACGACUGGGCUAUCCCGUCAUGGCUUUAUCGGCAUGUUUUGGCGGCCCAAUGCUAAACAUACUGCUGGGGAUAGGCAUCGGCGGCGUCCUCAUGAUGGUGCAAAAGGCGAACAAGAAGCACGCAAAGCACCCAACCCGGCCGAUCGAAUACGGACCGUACAGCGUAGAGGUCGGGCCCACGCUCAUGAUCUCGGCGGUCACUCUGCUCAUCAUGCUCACCAUGCUGCUGGUUGCCGUGCCGCUGAACAAGUGGAUCCUCAGCCGGAAGAUUGGAUGGGGCCUGAUUGCGCUGUGGACGGCGAGCACGGUUGCAAACGUCGUCGUGGAGGUGACGGGCGUGUGGAAGGAAUCAUGA